UACUUCACCUGUGCGUCAUGCGCUUCAAAAUAAUAACGAACAUUUGGAUGGAAGAACAUACCGAAAGAUAAUAAUACCUAAAGGUUCUAUUCAAUCAAAUCAAACGGCCGUAAUCCGUAUUCCAGAGCACCUGCAAAGUGGAAAAGUUUUAAUUUGUAGAAAAGUAGAUGAAAACGCCCCUAGAAUACCGCAACAUUGGACUGAUCCAUACGGAUAUUUAAAUAAUCCUAGAGGAAAUACUACUGCAGGUACAGCUAUCGGAAGAACUAAUGCUACUUUUGCUUAUUAUUUAAAUAGUUUCGGUAAUGCCUCUUUGCAAAAUCGUCACAUUUGUGCAACAGAUUCUUCUAAUCACAGUUUCAAAGUCCUAGAAAACAAUAAUAAUUGCCAUCUGCUGUAUUAUGUGCUUGUUGAUUACGUUCCAAAUUUCCUAAAAACACCUCUUGCUCCGAAUAAUCAACCCAAAAGCAAGAAUUUUCUGAAAACUCAUAAUUUUAACAAGAUAAUUUGUGGUAUGUUUCCGAAAACAUCAACUUCCGCAGUUCCGCACAUUGAUAGGUCAGACUCCCUUCAAUUGUUACUAGAUAGCAUACCAAGGGUUACUUUCAACGAAAUUGGCAGAUUAUAUUCAACAGGCCCCUGUAAAACUGCUCCAUUCAAACGGACUGCUUCUCGUUCAAGGGGCGAAAGAAAAUCCUUCUGUGAUAAAGCUACUAGUAUUUCGUCAAAGGAUAGUAUUACUCAAUACUCAAAACAAUCCAAACUAACUUCGAGAAUAGGGCAAAUCCAACACAUUUUAUCACCUUAUGACAUAUUAACAACUCAGCCAAUUAAUAUUAUUGUGCCAACAGGGCCGGUAAAUGAUUCAAGUCAAAGAAGAAACAAUAAUACGGACACAAGUUUCUCCCCUCUAAUCACAAGUACCCCAAGAAAAUAUCCAAACACAUCAAUAAACAAUUCAAUUAGCCCAAAAAAAGGGUUCAUACAUAAUUCUGCUUACCGGCCUGUAAGUAUGGAGAGCGCACCAUACGCUGAUCCACCUAAAGGCUGGAACAUUGGGAAUAACACACCUCCGGCCUUCCAAAAACAAAAUGAUACGUUUCCUUCAUUACUAACGUCCUUCAGUCCUAGUCCAAUCAAAAUAGAGACAAUGACCGACACACCUCAAGACGGAAUAUUGGACUAUUCUAAAUUUGCGCCACCUAUAAUUACUUCACCCACAAGUCCACGUUUUGCUAAUUCCAAUUACCUGAGGGAUGCUCCAAAUCAGACCUUUGCACAGCAGAUGCGCUCCCCAAACCAGUCAGGCGCACAAGAUUGGGCUAAUGACUUACGAAACCAAACGCGACAGCAAGAAGUAUUUCAAAGUUUGGCGACCGACACGAUCGAACCAGAUGGAGCGUUGGGAGGUAAUGCGGGGAAGACCCGAUCGCCUGUUCGUAAUGCGAAAAAUAAUUUACUGAGUGAGCAAGAAAUAAUAAAUAAUUUAGUUAAGUCGAGCACUCCUCAAUCCACCCAGGACAGUUUCAAGUCUUUGCCUUUUGAAAGUUAUAGCAAUGUAGCAAGAUCUGAUAAAGGAAGUAACUCGUCGAUGAAUUCGAAUCGUGCGACGCCGAGUACAACCACAGGCUGCACAAAGGACUUAACUUGCACAUCAUGGAGCACUUUACCCACGAGGUGCGUUUCCACCGAAAAAAUUAUCACGUCGACUGAAAAAUUUAAAGAAGAAAUUGUCGGCGAAGGGGGCCACGUUCCGCUAAAGAAAACCAGAUCUACGACAUCGACAAAAACUGUAACGACAGAAAAAAUUACUUCGCAGAUGCCCCCGUGUUCGUCCAAUUCCAGUAUUCCGUCGUGUCGCGGACGUCCGAAUCUUUCAACUAUUAAUUUAGACGAGUUGGAUAAAAUUGAAGAGCAGGAGAGAAGGCAGUUGGACCAUGAUUUGCGCAAGUGGCAACAAGCUCGAAGAAAGUUGGCGACUAAUUUAGCUGCACAUUGUUUGUAAUUUUUGUAAAAAGAUAUACGCAUGUCCCGUUACUUAAAAAAAAUUGU